AUAGCCGUUGCCGUUUUGCCAAAAAGAGUUUAGUCUUCUGUGCAAUCUGAUAGUGUACGGGCGUGUUAACGCUUCUCAGGCAUUUAUUCUCUUGUUCCGCCACACACAUUUAUCCACAUACACACAUUAUUAAUAAAAAUCCUUGAAAAAAAUUUGUCCGCGUGUCCUGAAAAUAAAUAUUUCAAAACAACAAAACAAACGGAAUACAAAAAAAAAAUAUUUAUCAUUUAUUGGUAUCAUCAUUAUCAUCAUCAGCAGCAACAGCAGCAUUAUAACUGUUUGCUGUGGUCCAAAGAACCCAGCGAAUCCAAAAAAAAACAAUACAAUUCGAUUGUAUUAACAACACCAACAACGGUUGCAUUAGAUAAAGGUACAAGGAAAUCAAAUCGGCCAAAGCCCGAGCGAGUAUCAUUCAAUCAGAAAGUUGUCACUUACCGUACUGUUUUUGACUGUGGCAAUCGUAGCCUAAAAAUUCGCCGGCAUAUUUUUGCCAAUUUUUCAAUAAAAACCGUUGAUUUCUUUUUUCUGCUGCCGUAAAACAUCCAACACUUCAUUUGUUUAUUUGCCAACAACAACAUUAACGAGAUUAAUAAAAAAUAAUCAAUAUUUAAGAAUCGUUACCAUCGUCCGGCAACAUAAAAUCGUACAACAAGCCAUAUUUUCCAACAACACACACUAACGCGCGAGUUUUCUCAAUAAGUCAGUCAAUUGAUCCACAGCCAAAGAGGAAAAUUAUACCGUGCGUUCCAAUAGAUAGAGCACGCGCGCAUUGAAGCUAGCGAAAAUAAAGACGGAAUAGCGGAAAAAGAGCAAAACGGGAGAGCAAAAUAAAAAGCAUAACACGAGAUAUAUUUAAAAAAAAAACCAUCCGACUCACUCUCUUACACACACACACACACACACACACACAGACAUACACACAUACAUACAGAAAAGCAAAGCUAGGAAAAACGGAGCAUCAUUAAGAAAGGAAAACAAAGAACUGAUCAAAAAGUGUCUUUUACUCCUUCAUGCAUAUCCGUUCACACAUAUAAUAACAACAAUACGAAUCGAGCGUAUCACAGCUCAAAAGCGACAGACACCUUCAGAGUAGAGACGAAGUACAGACAAACGAAACACUCAUACACACAAAACGAAUAGCAGAGAGCGAGAGCGAGAAUUUAUAAUAAAAAUAAUUGAAAAAAAAGACAACGAGAGAGUCCGGAUUGAAUCGAGGGAGAUAUAUAGAAAGAGAGAGAAAAAGCGGUGUGAUCCUUUCUUUUUAUGAACGUUUAGUGUGGAGUGUUUAAGUGCGAUAAAAACUGAUAGCAAAAAAAGUGUGAAUUAAUUGAAAUUCAUUGUCAACGGAUUUUCCACUGCUGGAACGAAGUUUCGCUGCUACAAUUUCAUCUUUUUCAGAGUGAAAUCUUUUCAUUGUACUCAACAACUCACAAUCACCGCCACCACCGCCACGACCAUCAUCAUUGUCAUUACCACCAUUACUGUCGUCGUCGUUGCAGUCGCCAUCAUCAUUGUUGCCGCUGCCGCUAUCGCUACCGCCGAUACUGAGUCCAACUAUUAAAUCGCAAGCCAAACAUUCGGGAGGGAAUAAAUAGAGUCAAGCAGAGAAAGCAGACGUAUCUUUUGCAGAAAUUAGCCUGACACAACUAUUUGCAGCGAAUAAAAGAGUAAAUAUUCAUUUUUCUCUGCUACGGAAAUAAGCUUGAAACGAAGUCAGAUAAUAGCCGAAUCGUGGGAACAUUCAAAUAUCCGUUCGACUUAAUUCGAGAGGAAUAGAGACAAACGGACAGACCGAAAGCGAAACAGAGAGAAAGAGAGAGCGAAGAGAAACAAAAAGGUUUUCCACUUGUCUUGAGCCCAAGUUGAGCACAUCCAAUUCAGUGUUUUCUUCAUCACGAACUUUGUUAGUGUCAUCCGAACCAUCCUCAAUUCGUACAUAAUCAUACACAAAAAUAGUACAACACCAGCAGCAUCGACUGAACACUGAAAACUGACAAGUAAAAAGCAGCAACUUCACAAACUACCAUAAAUACGGGAGCAGAGUUUGUGUUCAAGAAAAGAAAGGAACUGAAAAACAAAACAACCGAAGACAAAAUUAAAAUUAAAAUAAAAAUAAAAAUAAAAAUAAAAGGAAAACACGAUAGAAACGGAGAAGAAAAACAACGUUGAGCUUAAUUCUACACAUUUACUCGCGCGAAUUUAUUUCAAAGUUUUAUCAUCGUAACGAAAAACGGGAGUCAAGCGACGAAAGUACAUGAGCAAAGAAGGACAAAGGAGUCAAGCAGCAAAAACAAAGUAAAAGCAAAAGACGAAAAAAAAACCCACGUCGAAGUAUUCAUGUUUGAAAAGUUUUGAACAAUACAAACCGCGCAAGAGUCUAAUUGAUAAUUAAUCAUAUCGUCGUAUCGCCUGGCAUUUUAGGAGGCAUAACAAUUGAAAUCUGUCGAGAGAGAAAAAGAGAAAUUAAACGUAAAAGUGAAGAAGAUUCGCAUUCACACAUACCCGAAAUCAUAAUAUUCACACAAAGGAUUCGCAUAAUCGAAACCUGAGCGAAAAAGACAACAACAGCCCAAAUAGAAAGAAAACACCGUAAAUAAAUACAAAAGCAGUGCACGACAGGCAGUAGCGUUAAUAUAAACAGCAGCAGCAACUCAUAACACUGUGCCACAGGCGUUUAGUUAUAGAUUUUGCCAUAACUUGUGUAGUGGCAAUUUUUAUCGAAAACACGAAAGGAAAGAGUGGGAAUAACGCAGAACGUUUAUCGAACCGCGAACGUGCGCACGUCUCCCGUACAUCCAAACACACAUACAUAUAUACACUUACACACAUCGUAGCCGAAGCUGAUAAGCAGACCGAAGAAGAAUAAGUUUCUUCGCAAUAAAUUCUCAAGCAAUAAAUAUCAAUAGAAGUCGCAUAACAAUGGAAGAAAAUAAUACACCAAGUAACUUGGAAAUAAAGGGUGAUCCAUCGGUUACUCUAACCAUAAGGCUGAUUAUGCAGGGAAAGGAAGUUGGAAGUAUUAUCGGUAAAAAAGGAGAAAUCGUUAAUCGGUUCCGCGAAGAGUCUGGCGCAAAGAUUAACAUAUCAGAUGGAUCGUGUCCGGAGCGAAUAGUUACAGUUUCCGGUUCAACAAAUGCAAUUUUCAAGGCAUUCUCACUGAUAACAAAAAAAUUCGAAGAGUGGUGUUCGCAGUUCAAUGAUAAUACAACAACCGGUGGCAAAACUCAAGUACCCAUACGAUUAAUCGUGCCAGCUAGCCAGUGCGGAUCUCUAAUUGGUAAAGGAGGUUCAAAAAUAAAGGAAAUCAGAGAGAGUACCGGCUGUUCGAUUCAAGUUGCAAGUGAUAUGUUGCCAAAUUCAACUGAACGUGAGGUGAAACUGACUGGAACUGCUGAACAAAUUACACAGUGCAUCUUUCACAUAUGCUGUGUCAUGCUUGAGUCGCCACCAAAAGGUGCUACAAUCCCAUAUCGACCAAAGCCACAGAUCAAUACACCCGUUCUAUUAGCCAAUGGACAAGCAUACACAAUACAAGGAAGUUAUGUUCCAGCACAGGAGACCUGUACGGUAUUUCCACUUGCGUUGGCCGGUGGUCUUCAUGCAGGAAUCUCAGGUUUAGCAGACCCACUUCUAAAAGGAACACAUUUGUCGGCUGCAAUGCCGCCACAUCAUCUGCAGCAAAUACCCGAUAUGAGCGGUUUGACUAAGAACCCACUGGCCGGUUUGGCAGCAUUGGGAUUGGCUGGAAUGGCACCCUCGAAUACUGGCGGAUUGAAUCCAACUGCAUUGGCUGCAUUGGCCGGCUCUCAAUUACGUACAAGCAAUCAGAAUCGCAAUCAACAGCAAACAAAUCGACAACAACACGAAAUGACUGUGCCGAAUGAUUUAAUUGGUUGUAUCAUUGGCAAAGGUGGUACCAAAAUCGCUGAAAUUCGCCAAAUCUCCGGUGCCAUGAUUCGCAUUUCGAACUGUGAAGAGCGCGAAGGAGGCAACACCGAUCGAACAAUUACAAUCAGCGGCAAUCCAGACUCGGUGGCUGUGGCCCAAUACUUGAUUAACAUGAGAAUUUCGAUGGAAACAGCUGGACUUCCAAUACCUGGAUAUCAUUACAUUGCACCGAAUCACAUAGUUAAAGCUCCAAUUCAUUGAAUGAUAAACACACAUAUCAGUUUCAGUGAUACAUGAACAAACAAACAAACCUGAAAAAAUAAGGAAAAAAAACAAAUGAUGACAAUGAAAUGAAUAAUGAAACAUUUUACUGUUUAUUAACUAUAUGUGCAACGCUACAAAUACCAGCGGGCAUUUGUUUCAGCAAUUUUUUUUUUCUCCUUUCGUGUAAUUUAAUUCUUCUCUUCUAGAAAAAAAAAUGCUUGCCUUUCAUACGGUCAUCUUCUACUUCUUCCUCAUCCAUUCAUUCAUGGGUUAAUUUGAAAUUGGCUCCUUUUUUUCUCUCUUUCUCCUCUCUAUUUCUCUCGCUCUCCAUCAAGAAUUGGCACGUGCAUUGUGCUUGCAACAUAAAGACAUAUAUUUUAAUGGUUUAACCAUAAUAAUUUAUUUAAUCUCUUUUACUGUUUUUUUUUUCGUUUCUUCUCGCAUUGUACAAUUUAAGAUUGAACAACGUGUUUAAGGAUGUUUAAGAGCAAUGGAAUUUACAAAUUAGCGAAUCUCGAAUGUUGAAAGUAGCAAAGAGAUGAAGAAGAAGAAGAAGAAAAACACACUCAAUGAGAGAUUUAGAGUAUAUUUUUUUCUGUCUUCGUUUAAUUUUAAAAAUUCAAUUCAAGCGGAAAACAAUUGUUGUAAAUAAUUUUGGGAUUAUCCCACCGAAAAUCGUCUCAAGAAUUAAGCAAAAUGAAUUACAACAUCUGAUUAUGAUGUGUGUAUGCCGAUUUGCUUUAUCAUUGUCGUUGUCGUUGUCGCGUCACAUAUCAAGCACGGUUCGAUUCCAAAAUUUAUUUUUAUCACACCACAUUCGGUUUAUCAAUGUCCUUGAUUUGGUUUAAAAUUGCUGAUUGAUAUGUGACCGGCUUUUUCAAUAAUCAAAUCUCAAUGUUGUGUGCCGAUCAUUUGAAACAACAACUGCAUAUUGAACAAAAAAACGAGAACGCACAUGACAAAGGCAAAUCAAAGAAACAAAACAACAUAAAAAAAAGAGCUGAUUACUAAAUGAUUAGUUGGUAUUUAUUGAUAUUAUUUAAAGAAGAUGAAACAAAAAAAAUGGCGUAUGAAAAGAACAAUUGAUAUUUUAAUCUGUGUACAUGUGAAUAAUUUUGUUUUUCUGUGACUCAUAUAAAUCAACACAUUGUUAAUAGAAUUGGAAUUUUUUGUGAUGUUUUCCCACGUUUCUUUUUAAAUCAAUCUGGGGGGAAGAGGGGGUCUGGGUGGCUUUGAUGUGAGAUUUGACAAUUUUAAUAUCUCUAUCACUAUCAACAUUUGAAACAUAUGCACACAUAGAGUAAACACUAGGUGUUUAAACAAACAGGUAAAUACACCACAUCAAUUGUUGUGAUAAUAACAUGUGUUUAAUGAAAAGAAGAGGAAAAAAGCGAUUUCAGAAUGAGUUGACCGAAGGAGAAAAAGAAAACAAAAUAUGAAGAAAAUUGAUAUAUUUGAGAGAAAAAGGAAGGAGGAGAAGAAGGAUACGAAGGGAAAAGUACGCGAAAACCAAAAUUGCGAUGCAUGUCAUUUGAGAAUAAAAAAAAUUUAGAUAAUACGGUUUUGAUCACAUGAAACAGAGAGAAAGCAGGAAAAAAAGCGAAGAAAUAUUAGACGUAAUAAAAAGAGAGGAAGAGACGAGAAGAAGGUGUUAUACAGCAAUAUCUCUUUAUGAUUCACUGUUAACGACUCGAGAUGCUCUAGUUGAUUUGAAGGAUUCUUGUUUUAUCAAGCCGUAGAAAAAUUGAUGUUGUCUUUAUUCUCAUUAUGAAUCGCGUGUUGCGAAAUUUUUACAAGGCAUAUCCAAACAAGUGAAUAAAAAAAACAAACAGAAAGAAAGAAAGGAACAGGUGAGAAAUGGAGCUGGGGCCCAAUGCUCCCGUUUUUUUUAUUUUUCUCUGAAAGAAAAAAUAAAUGGAGCGUACUCUUUUCUCGUUCAGUGUAUGGAUUUGAAGCGAUUCGAUGGAAGCGACAGAUGACAAUGUGUAAAUAUAGUAAAUGCAUGAUUUAGUCGACAAUCUUAUUUAUAUCAAGUUAUUCGGAUCAAAUAUUUAAACAAGAAGAAGAAACCAAAAGAAAAUGGUGAAGAAAAAAAAAACAACAACAAAAAAACAAUGGAAACGGCUCAUGUGUGCUUUAAAACUUUUCGGACAUAUUUAAUAUUUGAAUGGAACGAAACAGAAGAAAAAUCAAUCUAAAGAAUAGUGAAACAGUGCAAUACAAUCGUUGUCGACACUUAUCAUUUAUCGCCGUUACUACUCUUUCGUUUCCUUUCACACGAUUUUUUGCUCACGUUUUACUCGAUCCAUUCAAUUUUUGCUCUCGGCGCGUUAAUUUUACACUUGAUUUUAUUUUUUCGUCGAGAACGGUGAAUAAACACAUUAAAACUGAUCAAUCAUCAAUUGAUGUCAAGUGACGUGCACGCAUUUGCCGGAAAAGAUGUAUUCGAAGAGAGAUAGUCACUUUUCGAUUACAGAUCUCAUUCCAAGUGUGAAGAGAGUGUGAAUUACGUGCGUUUGUAUAACUUCAACGCACAUCAGUCAUUUAUGUUCAAUGAAGAGUAACUACUUUAUGAUUUUCACAUUGCACAUUUACAAUUCGUUUUCACGCCUUUUGAUUUCUUUUUGCGCAAUCUCCUCUUCUUCUUUUUCUCAAGUAUUCAUCAUUCACACGGAGAAUUUAUUUGCGUAUAAGUAAAUAACAGAAGAAAGACAACAACAACAACAAAAACCAGUUACAUCUCAUCAAGUAGAAACAUGUAAACUCGAAACGAUAGAAAUUGAUGUCAUUCUAAAUGAAUUUUAAAUGUAAAUCUAAAUGUAGUGAAAUUAUCAAAACACUUUAACACAAGCACCUAAACAUUUCAAAGUGAAUUUGUUCAAAGAAUGAAAGACAACCGCAUUUGCCGGAAAGAGGAAAAAAAAGCGAUUCUGCACAAAAGAAAUUAAAAAGUUACAACAACAUAACCAACUGUUGCAGCAAAUCGUCGGUCGAUUAAGUCGGUCGAAUUGUCAAAAAAGUUUUUGCGCUCGACGCGUUUUCCGCAUCGAUUUUUUCGUCGUCGGUUCUCCUUUUUUAUGUUGUGUAUAAAGUGAACGACAGAAAAAAAAAAAAAACGCAAACAUUAACCGACAGCAUGGCAAAUAGAGAAGACAAACAAGGAAAUAAUAGAAUGCAAAACAACAAGUUUACACACACAUACAAUAUUUAAAGAAAAUAAAGAGUCUACCGUAAAAAAAAACUUACUAUAUUUAAAUUUAGUACACUUGAAGCUCGAAGCGAAUUUAUUAUGACAAAAAAAAAUCAUCAUCAAACAACAGAAGUAAAAAAAAACAAAUUGCAUAACACUAAUCUUAUUCUAGAUGACUACGUUGAAAAUAUUAUUAUUCGCAUGUUAGUUGUAGUGUAUUCGAAUUAAAGAGUUGAACGCUAAAGCGAUAAGGAUUUUUCGUCUUAUGUUUUGUAUUUAGAAAAACAAGGAAAAAAGCAAAUGAAAUUUGGCUGCUGUAUGAAUUGAACUGAGUGUUUCAUUUCAAUCUGUCCAGCCCAAUUUAGCGAAUGCAUUGAGGCUUAAUUUACUUCAAUUAUUAUCUCACUAUCCAUUUUUCCCAAAGAAAAAAAAACGAUUUUGUUCUCUUUCCUCUCUCUCUCCCUCUCUCUAUUUAUAUCACUGGAACGAAAUUUCUUUGUUUUCAGAUAUUUAUUUUCUGACCAAAUACACAUUUAGACUGAUUUAGUUUGAAAUUUAUAUUAUUGAUUGGUUUUAUUUAUUGGCCAAAAAUUUUGGUAUUGGUUCGUUUCGAUUUUUUUCGGUAGGGGGGGGGCAUGUCAUAGCCCACCCUGCAUCCAUUAUCAUAAUCAUUAUCAUAAACACAUCAGACAAAUCGAUAAGCAAAAUAAAAUGAAAUGACUACAAUAAGGGAAGGCGGAUCGGGUGAAAAGCAAUUUAAUUCAUAUAAUGCAAAUUAAAUACGUGUUGAUUCUGUGUCUCGAUUAUUAGAAAAAAUGGGAAUCGCCGUGAAAUGUGCGCACAUUUCACACUUCAACAACAAACAAAAUAUAUUUCUUAUGAUGCCAAAAUGUUUUUUUUUCCUCUCUCGAUAAUUCGUAUAAAGAAGAAGAAGGAAAAGAAAAAAAAACCCAACAACAACAACAAAAAGACAUAUACAUUAAAUAGUUAAUUUUAAGACGAAGGGAGCGUAUUAGCUUCCAAUUCGAAAAUAGCAAUGGAUUGUGUGCAUUCGAUUGAUGAAAAUGGAAGUAAGAAACGCAGUAGGAAAAACGGAUACAUCUGAACUGGUUCCAGUCUCGAAUCGUCGUCUCUCACUUCGAUCACCCAGAUAUUCGAAUUUACAUUUUGUUUAUUGUUGUUGAUGCCGAGACGAACUAAAAACCAUAACAUGAAUCUGUCACGCAUUGUUGUGACCAAAUAAAACGAUUCAUCUUUUGCUCCAUGAAAAAAAAAAUAGUGCCAAAAAUAUAUGUUGCGUACUCUAAAACACAGUGAUAUCAUUUCGGACGGAUUGAAUCAAUUGCAAACGGGAAAAUGAGGAAUAUUAGAAGAAGACAAGAAAAGAAAAACCAACACAAGCAUCAGCAAUAAAAUGUAGUCUUAAGUAAUAAGCACAGGACAUACAUAUAAAUACAGAUGAUAGGGUUGAAAAUCUGAUGAUGAAUUAAGAAAAAAUGAAGUAAAAUUGCAUAUGCAACACACAGGUAGAAAACAUAAACAUAUUUUCAGGAGACUUAUUGAUCUAUAUCUAUAUACAACAGAUGUAUACAUAUACAUUUAAUUUAAACGAACAAACAAACAAACAAAAAUGGUUCAUAUUAAAUACAAGAAUCACAGGUCGAAAUGCAUUCGAAUGAGGGAAAAAAAAGGAAAGUUUAUUGAGGAACAGGAAGCGUAUUCGAAUGGUUUUGAUUUUGUUGAAAUCUUUUUCCGUUCGUUAAUGGAUGGAGAAUGGGCCGAUGUCAGUUGUCACGACACUGAAACUUAACGGUGCGAAUUGAUGCUUGGCCUCCUCCACACACACACAGCACACAAGAGUGAGUGCGCGAAAGCAAUGGAUUGGUUCGGCCGGCUUCGUUAGAUGGCACUGACAGUACAAAAAUUACAAAUGAAAACAAGAAGCAUGCAUUCAAUUUCUGUGACUUGAGCGUAUACAAAUGCAAGUACCCACUUUGCGAUUGGAUUGACAUUCGAUCGAGUGCGCGAACAGCGUGUGAAAAACGUCAAAACACAAAGCAAAAACGCAUCAUCAGCACAUGCCAGCAGCACCAGCAGUAUCAUCAUUUUGACUAUGCUGCUGUUCCGAUCAAUUCACAUAUUCAUGAAUAAUUCCCACACGUGGUCGUACUGAAAUUCGCGAGCUUAUUUUGCGAACGGAUUUAUUUACUUAUUUACGUUGCCCCACCAAAGAGAAAAAAAACAAACUCACGAACACUUCUGUUUUCCGGAAAACUCCGAAACUUAGAUUUUGUUUUUCCUGACAUAAACAAAUUGGCACACAUCAAUUUCACUUCACGAAACAUAGUUUUUCCACAAUGAUUCAAAUCGAAGCGAAAAUCGAAAACAAUCACUUCAUUCGAAUUCACAAAAUUUGGUUGAUUGAACAAAAGAGUAGCAAUGAAUGAUGGCAACAAAAACAAAUCAGAUCGUGAAUUUACUACACAAUACUUUUAUAGUUAUCCAUGUAAACAUCCAAUAUACACAUCUAUCAUUUACUCGACAAAGAUUUAUCCGAUUUGAAGAAAGCAGACGCAAAACAAAUCUGCAUGUGUAUAUAAAUGGUGUCAAGUCAAUAUAUCUCAUAACCAUGCAACAUGCUACAGAAUAUUACUUAGUUUUCACGAAAAAAAAAAACAAAA